ACUAAAAUCUAAUUAUAUUUUUUAAAUUAAAGUUUCUAAAAACUAUCUAAAUAAUAUAUACUUUAUCAAACUUUAAAUUGUUUACAUAAAUAAAAAAUUAUAGAUUUUUGUCAAACUAAACAAUAAAUAUUUAGUAUCUUUUGAUUUUUAUCCAGAGGAUGUUUGAAAAAACCAUUGGAUUUGGAAGCGGUGUGAGAAGGAGGAAGGAACCAACUCAACUCAUUUCUUGGCUGAUGGAGUCUCGUCCUCACAUACACAGGCACUGAUAAUCAAAUCAAUUAGACCCUUUUCUGUUUCACGCAACCUUCGUCGUUCUUCCUUUUUCUUUCUCGUCCACUAACCCUAUGCCCCAAUUUGUAAAGUUUCGGCUUUUCUCGCGUUGCGACGCACUCAAAACUCUUCCUUUCUCCACCCACCGAAUGGGCAUGGUCGAUACCCUCUGUACCCAUCUCCACCAAAACAAUGGCAGUGUUGAGAACUCAUUGUCCAAGGUUAAGCCUAAACUCGAUUCUCAAUGUGUCAUUGAAGUCCUCAAUUCCUGUCAUCCCAAGCAACCUCUAUUGGGCGUCAGAUUUUUUGUUUGGGCUGGAUUUCAAUCUGGCUACAGGCACAGUGCUUACACGUACAGCAAAGCUUGCAAGUUGUUUGGGAUUCAGCAAAAUCCCCAAAUUAUUCGUGAUCUCAUUCUGUCUUAUGAGGCCGAAGGGUGUUUAGUCAAUGUCAACAUGUUCAGGGAGGUUCUGAAACUGUGCAAAGAAGCCCAACUAGCUGACGUGGCAUUGUGGGUGUUGAGGAAGAUGGAGCAGAGUUUCAACAUCGGUGCUGACACUGUGAUGUAUAAUGUGGUUAUUAGGCUAUGUUGCAAGAAUGGCGACAUUGAAACGGCUGAGAAGUUGAUCGGGGAGAUGAGUUUGAACGGUCUUUACCCUGAUCUUAUUACGUACAUGGCAAUAGUGGAGGGAUUAUGUGAUGUGGGUCGCCCAGAGCAUGCUUAUUCUUUGCUUAAGGUUAUGAGAGUACAUAGAUGUUCAACCAAUUUGGUCCUUUUAUCAGCCAUUUUAAAUGGCUUGUGUAGGUCUGGAUCUAUGGAAAUGGCAUUGGAGUUGUUGGAUGAAAUGGAGAAAGGUGGGGAUUGCCGUCCAAAUGUUGUUAGUUAUACAUCUGUGAUUCAAAGUUUCUGUAAGAGAGGGCAGUGGACGAAAGCAUUGGAUAUUCUGGAUAGAAUGAAAGCUUCGGGGUGCCAUGCAAAUCAUGUUACUGUUUUUACUUUGGUUGAUAGCAUUUGUGUUGAGGGUCGUGUAGGAGAAGCUUACAAGUUGAUUGAUAAGUUUGUGGUGGAACAUGGUGUUUCUUAUGGUGAUUGUUGCAGUUCACUUGUGAUUUCAUUGAUAAGGAUUAAAAAGCUGGACGAAGCAAUGAAGCUCUUCAUGGAAAUGCUUUCUGGUGUUGCCAGACCUGAUACUUUGGCAUCUAGCCUUUUGCUAAAGGAGCUCUGUAUGAAGGACCGGGUAUUGGAUGGAUUCUACUUGCUUGAAGCAAUUGAGAACAAGGGAUGUUUGUCUGCCAUUGACUCUGAUAUUUAUUCUAUUCUUUUAUUUGGCCUUUGUCAAAGAAGCCACCUGACCGAGGCCACAAAGCUGGCCAAGAUAAUGCUUAAAAAAUCAGUUCCGCUGCAACCUCCAUACAAAGAGGGUGCAAUCGAUGUCCUAAUAGAAUCUGGAGAAAAAGAUCUUGUGAAUCAGUUGACUGGCAUUCGUAAGGGACUUUGAUGAUAAAAGGUCGUAGGAAGGAGGUCACGUCCAUUGUUCUCUGCUGCCUCUGGUCAUAUCAUAAGUUUGCAUUGUAUAACAGCAACAGUAAGAAUUGGUUUCUGUGAUGUAGUCUGCUGGUACUUUGUUCAUUUCUUCCCCUUGUAGGAGACAGUGUAUUCUUGAGAAACAAUAUGCUUGUCUUUAUCUGUGAAUGCUAAACCCAUUCUCCUGUAGAUUCCUUUUAAUAUCGAUAAGUUGGCAAGCCCAUUUUCCUCAUACAAAA